GACUACCAUGACACAUUCCGUGACACCGGUGAGGUGAGCAGGCAGAAAAUCACGUCGAGGUAAAAUUAAUUGCAGAAUGGAGGUAUCAAGGAGAAGAAUCCUCCAAAAACAUCUGGAGCCUGCAAGACCCCUGCGCCGCUGCCUACAUAUUGACAAUGAGCCCAAAAUAAAUGCUGCAACAUGUGCACAGUCACUGAUGGAGGAAGAGGAUCAAGAGACAAAUAUUGGCAUAGAGCAGUUCUACAAGAUUGUCAACCUUCACAAAAAGAAAGAAGGCAGAAUAUCUUACACAAGAGAUUUUUUAAUUGGUCUGGCAAGUUGUCCUGAGGCCAGGAAGAAGCCCGAAUUCUUGCCAGUGCACCCCAUAGUCCUUAUGGAGGCAAGAGAUCGGCUUUAUGAAAUGACGUGGACCGGGGUAAAAGAAGAAAUGGUGGCAGAAAGACUUCACUCCGCUUAAUAAAUUUGCACAGGUGUCCUCAUCCCAAA